GCCGCCGCGAGACGCGAGAUUUCCCAUCUGUGUACACUCGCGCUACCUCGUGCCGUAACGUCACAACUGUUGCUCAAAAAUAUCAAAGUAUGGCCGUGAGGUUAAAUUAAUUCAAAUUUUCCUCUAUUUUUAAACGCUUAGAAGAUCUAAUCUUAUUAUCUUCGAUUAAUUUGAUCGACCGAUUAAAUUUAACGAUAGUCUAUUGCAAAACUUCAAAUUGACCAUCCUUAACCUAAUUACAUAAUUAUUUUUAUUAUAAAACAUUAUUUAAUAUUUAUUUGAAAAUAUUACAUUUAUAUAAAUAUAUUAUAAUUUGUAGAAAUUGGACAAGGAAAAUAAAAUAAUACAAUCAAUUUUAUGUUUUGCAGUUUGCUAUUAAAUUUGAUCGGACCAUCAUUAAGUUAAUUGAAAAGAAAUGGUGAAUGGUGAAACCGCUAUUUCAUAUAUAUUGUCUGUCGCGAACAUAUAUGUCUCGUCUGUCGCAUCUUACGUUAUAUUAUGUAUAUCAACUAUAUACUUCUGUAGUCGCACUGUUUCUUUCAUUAUCCGUUUUAUCGAUAAGUAUAGGAUACAACGUAUGUACGUUACUUAGCGACGUUUCCUCCAAUCUGUCAGCUUCUUCCGCAAAGUCACUAUCAAACAUUUUUGUUGAUUAUUAUAAAUUAUUUAAUAAUUUACGAUUAUUAUUAUUAUUAUUAUCACCAUCAUCAUCAUCAUCUAAAAUAUAUUUGCAUGUUCGCGCAUCGUUUUUGAGCAAACUAUUAAACGAUCCGAAACACAAGCCAAAAAUGGAGAAGACGAAGAAAAUCCAAGACAAGUCACUAUUAUUGGAUCCUCAUCGAGAAUUUUUGGACAUGGAUACAGACGAAGAAGAUUUUGCCCGAGAAGAGAGUCCUGAGACUGAAGAGGAGCUUUCUUCCGAACCGAUUAAACCAGUUUUCGAUGAACAGGAUUUAAAUAAAUUAGUACAAUAUGUAAAAGAUCUUACAACUCUUCCUUCUAUUGAGGACUGUGAUUGGAAAGAGGAGUGCCUUAUGAUAAUUCGCGAGUAUUUUGAAAAUCCAGCUUCUACAUUAUUAUGUAUAUAUUUCCAAGCUGAUACACUGAACGCACGAUUAAGAAUCUUGGACGAUAACCAAAAUGAUUUCGCAUAUUUCUUGCGAACACCGUGGCAUGUAUUUACAGUCGACAAUUUUCAUGCCACGGUUGUCUUCGGUAACGUAACGCAUAACGCAAUGAUGUGCGUGUUAAGAGUAAUGGAAAAUAUGUACGUUACCAUCGCGCGUGACAGUGGCGAGUGGCCAAAAAUUAUCAAAAAUAAUCUGUUCUUCAAUCUACAUAAUUUUCUAUUGCGCUUAACCGAAUGGGUUUACAAGCCGAUGGGUUUGACCAAGUUGUACGUACCAGGAGAAAAUUUCUCUGAUAUCUCGACGAUUCUAUCAUCGAAGACAAAUGGGCCGCAGGGCCAUUCUAAGGAAUUGCGAGAGUCAGAAAAGGCAUCGAUUGACAAAUUUGAAAGAAUUGUACGUUAUUGGAUUAAACAGAUACGACAAGUAUUGGCGAACGCAUCCGCGAGUAAAAGCAGACAAACUAUAUUUGAAGUGCUUCAACAUUGGACAGCGAGAUGUUGGUUUCGAAUGUAUUCACUACAUUUUACAUACAUUUUAAAUCGCAAGCGAUUGCUAUUAGUUUUAUUUACAGAUUUUAAUUUAAGCUGUUUACAUGAUCAACUAUCGAGUAUGGAAAUUCAAUCGAUAUUGCGUCAUUUGAAGAACGUUCGUUCACCGAGCGUGGACUUUUUUCAACUUUUGACAUUGCAGCUUCGUGAAGGAUUGAAGCAAGCUGCAUCCAAUAUAACGUAUCUGAACGUUCUAUCGGAAGCUUGUAACGAUUUGACGUGUCCAGACGGUCCGGACGAGAUGGAAAAGCCUAUGAUGAAAAUAUUGUUCUUGAUAUUGUUCAUCUGGACAGAAUCCUCGUUUUAUAAUAUGUCGAACAACAUAGAGGUACUUUGCGAAGCUAUAAGCACUCAAAUAGUACAUCAGUGUAAAAGUUUCAUCAAUUUGCACGUAAUAUUAGAAGGCGAUGCGGAAAAUGGAAUAAAUACACUUCGAAAAUGCAUCUCUUGUUGCCAAACAUAUAAAACAAUAUAUAAUAAAGUUACAAAAAUAACUGCGCUCAUUAAAUCGAAUAGCAUCUGGGACGUGAAUGAACAUUUAAUAUUUAAUUAUAUUGAUACAUUUGUGCAGAGAUGUUACGAUAUCAUUGAAAUAUGCGAUUCUUCAAUAGUAUUUGGAAGGUGUAAUAAAGUAGGAAUGAUCGGUGGUCCAAAAGGUGUCGAGUAUGAUGCUUAUUGUCGCCAAAUAGAGAGUCUAUUUUACGAGGGUCUCGAUGAAAUCAAAUUGAUCCGCGAUGACAUUUUGGACUUGACAAAAUCCUCAUGGCUAGAAAACAUGCUCAGGUUUAAAAAUUUUGUAUUGGAAUUGGAAUGUAUGGUUAAAAAUUUAAUCGAUCGCAUAUUCGAAGAGAUUAACAAUGUUGAGGAGGGUAUCGAGGCUAUUUAUGCUUUGCAACGCUUCAAACAUAGAGGAUCUUUGCGAGAUAUAUUAUCGAGGAAAUGGGUGCAGGUGUGGGAAAUAUUUAGUAAAGAAAUUGAAAGUUGUAACGAUAAUAUGAUUUUAGAAUACGAAACGUAUUAUACACCAUUCCAAUGCUACUCGGAAGAUGUAAUUAUGAUAUGCAUAAAGCAAUAUUUAGAACGGUUGUUCCACAUGAUGAUCGAUAUGUCUGAUUGGAUUGGAGAGUGUGUAGCUGAGAAAUAUAUAUUGGAUCAAUAUAAGAGAAUGAUGUAUCGAGAUGUAUAGAGAUAAAAGUGACAAAGAUGCCUUUGGUAAUAAAACAUAUGGUGCAAUUAAUUUUGAUUAAAGUUAUAUAUUAUACUGGAAUAUUGUAUAAGAUAUAAAGAUAAAAAAAUUAAACUCUAUACGCGCGCGCGCACGCAUCGACGCUUGAAUAGCUUCAAUAAAGAUUUGUUAAACUCAAA